AUAAACCAAAGUUUAAGUUAAUCCCGGUUUUUAUAUUAUUAAAAGUACCUCUCGCAAUGCAUCUGAGCUACAGCCCUCGAUUAUAAAUGGUGGAGGCGCGGACUCUAUUAUAAUUGGUGGAAUUCGCCGGUUUACAAUAAUGGAAGUACGAGUCACGAUGUGAAAAUUUUUUAUAUUUUUAUUUUGAAAAACCUGGCAAUGGAAGAAGAAAUAUAAUGUAAUUCAAGCCUGCAAAUGUUAGACGCAAGCUUACGAUUGAUGAAAGGAUCCGAUGAAGAAAAGUCCAUAGUGAAAUAUUUUUAUAUGUUGUUACGACACAACCACAAGGAAAGCGCAACAAAAGGUCGUAAUAUAUAUUUUUAUAUUUAAUAUUGAUUUAUAAUUGGUGCCAGUAAAAAGUGCGAGGAGGAAAUAUGUAUGGUGUACCGGCACAAAGAUUUAAUGGGUUCAACGACGUAGAUGAGUUUUUGAACCAAUUUGAGACCAUUAGUAUAUUAAAUAAUUGGUCUGAUGUGCAGAAGAAAUACGUGUUUGCAUUGUAUUUGGAGGGGCCAGCUCUGCAAUGGUACAAAACGUAUUCUUCUUCAUACGUGUCGUAUGAUGUGAUUGCACAGAGGUUGAGAGAGGAAUUUCCCUCACAAAUUGAUUACGCCCGAGAAUUUUAUUAUAGGCGACAGGGGCAUAGUGAAUCGCUUAUAAGUUAUUUUUAUAGUUUAAAUGAGUUAGCGAUGAAAGCGAACAUUCAAGAUGUUCAGUUUAUUAAGCAUUUUUUGAAGUCUUUGAUACCCAAUUUUAAAUGGAUGCUGGCAAGUAAUUUGUAUCUAUCUAAAGAGGAGUUGAGAAAGACAAUUAUCCAAGUAGAUGAUGUAUUUAAUCACAGCUAUAAUGUGAGACAAGAUAUUGAAUUGCCAGUGAAUUGUAAUAUGGAGCAUUCUUGCUGUUGGCAAACACAGGAUGUCUCUGCACCGAUAAUUAGACCCGAGUCUAAACAGUCGGAGUAUUUAGUGCCGCGAGCACCAAUUGUGCAUCAGGAUACGCCAAGUCAAGGGUAUUCACGAGCACAUAGUAGUGGAUCUUCGCCGGGAUCUCCUCAACGUGAUUGUCAGAAAAGCGCAACUGAACAUGUAGAAAAUUUGUCUACAUUUGAUAGGUCUAGUGUAGAUAGGGCACCUUUUAUAUCUGUAUUUAUUAAUGAUGUAUGUUGCGAGGCGUUGGUGGAUACUAAUGCUUCAAAUUCAGUUAUUUCUCGUUAUUUUGCGGAAAGGUUGCAGUUGCGUAUCGAUGAUAGUCCAAGUUUUCCAUUACGUAUAGUGGGUGCAACGCCAAUAAAUGUGCGGUCGUCCACCAAGGUGUCGUUGAUGAUUAAUGGGAAGGGAGGAGAGGAUACACCAUCAAAUAGAUAACAUUUACUUUUGUUUUUCUUAUAUAUAUUUUUUUAAUUUGGUAGAUAUAUUAUCCUGUAUGUGCGAAUAGUUCCUGCUCAUCCCUCCAGUUGAUCAAGGACUGUCUGCAUUCUGGGAAAAUAUAUUUAUUUAAUUAUUAGAAAUUCUUCAUGUGGUAUACCCUCAUACCAUAUGUAUGUCUGAGGACAUGUAGUUAGAAUAUGUUGUUGACGUUAUACGUGGGUUGGUUCUUGUUGUUUAAGGAUGAUAAGUGAAGCUGAUGGAACGUGAUAGCUGCAAAAUGAGGACUAAGGCAGCUGGGAGAUCAAUAGUGAUGUAACCCAGUGAUCGUCCGAUGGGUGUUCAAGCCUGUGUCGUCGUUGUGGCAGCAUCCACGUUGGAGAUAGCUUAGGCUGAGAUAGUUAGGAACUUGUAGUGAUGUUUAGAAUUUUUAUUAGGAUCGUUCAGCCAGUUUAGGGUCGCUAAAAUAAAGUGUUAGGGUUUAGUCAGGUUCCCUAAUUAGAUAGGAUAGCUAACUAGUGAAAAUAUUUUGAUUUGUUU